CACCGCGGACCGUCAUGGCCUCCAAGAAGCGGGGCCUCCCGAGUGACAACGGGGCGGGGAGCGGCUCCAAGCAGCUCCGGCGGCCGGAGGGCAGCAGACACGUCGCCGCGCUGAUCCUGGCCCGGGGAGGCAGCAAAGGAAUCCCGCUGAAGAACAUCAAGAUGCUGGCCGGAGUGCCGCUGGUCGGCUGGGUGCUGCGGGCCGCCGUGGACUCCGGCAUGUUCGACAGUGUCUGGGUGUCAACAGACCACAGUGAGAUCCAGAAGGUGGCCAAGUCGUGGGGGGCCAAGGUUCACUGGAGGAGCCCUGAAGUCUCCAAAGAUUCUUCUACGUCUCUGGAGACCAUCCAGGAGUUUGUGACGCUGAACCCAGAGGUGGACGUGAUCUGCAACAUCCAGGCCACGUCUCCGUGUCUCCACCCGUUCCACCUGAAGGAGGCGCUGGAGAUGAUCACGCUGCAGGGCUUCGACUCGGUCUUCUCGGUGGUCCGGAGGCACCAGUUCCGCUGGCAGGAGGUCAAGAAGGGAUCCGGUGAGUUGACGAAGGCGCUGAACCUGGACCCGGCGACCCGGCCUCGGCGCCAGGACUGGGACGGAGAGCUGUGUGAGAACGGGUCCUUCUACUUCACCAGCAGGGAGCUGGUGAUGGAGGGGAUUCUGCAGGGAGGCAGAGUGUCCUACUACGAGAUGCUGCCGCAGUACAGCGUGGACAUCGACGUGGACAUCGACUGGCCGGUGGCCGAGCAGAGAGUCCUCAGGUACGGGUACUUUGGUCGGGACACUCCGGAGGUGGUGCGCCUGAUGUUCUGUAACGUUUCUGGAUGUCUGACUGAGGGGCGGAUCUUCCUGUCCGUGUCUGGAGAAGACAUGGUGUCCAUCAGCACCAAAGACAUGGCGGGCAUCCGGAUGCUGCAGAGAGAAGACGUGGAGGUGGUUCUGCUGACCUCCAGCGACGACCCGGUGACCCAUUCGCUGGCUGACAAGCUGACCAAGACGACGGGCUGCCAGGUGAUGCAGGUGGGGGCGGAGCCACUGAACGACCUGCAGCCGAUCCUGAAGCAGAAGAACCUGGAAUGGAAGGAUGUGGCGUACUUGGGUAAAUCAGCAGGGACAGAAAUGUUCAGGGUCAGUCCACAAACAGCCCACCAGAACCUCCUCAGUCCACUGGUUCUGUCUCUGCAGCAACUUUAG